AUGCAAGAGGUGUGCAGCACAUUGGACACCAACCAAAUGGGCGCCCAGAUCAAAUCCGAGUCGCCCCUAAAUCCCCUACAGGUGCAAACGAGCCAGACUACGGUGUCGGUGCCAAUUGUGCCCGGAGCGGCGCCCCAAGGACCGCAGGGACCACCACCAGCGGUGAUGCUUGUCAACAAAAUGGCACCGAACUGUGAUAAACGAGCCGCCGACACCGCCUACUGGAUGGCCACCGAGGGGGGUUUCAUCAACUCUCAGCCCUCGAUGGCCGAAUUUCUCAAUCACUUGAGUCCGGAGAGCCCGAAAAUUGGCACACCUGUUGGCGUUGGCAUUGGUAGCGGUGUCGGUGUCGGUGGCGGAUAUCCGGUUAGUGUCAGCGGUGUGCCACAGACACCGGAUGGGAUGGACUCGGUGCCCGAGUAUCCCUGGAUGAAGGAGAAGAAGACAUCGCGCAAGAGCAGCAACAACAACAAUCAGGGUGAUAACUCCAUAACUGAAUUCGUUCCAGAAAACGGCCUGCCCCGACGUCUGCGCACCGCGUACACAAACACGCAGCUGCUGGAGCUGGAGAAGGAAUUCCAUUUCAAUAAGUAUUUAUGCCGCCCAAGAAGAAUUGAAAUAGCUGCCAGCCUGGAUCUGACCGAGCGACAGGUCAAAGUUUGGUUUCAAAAUCGUCGCAUGAAGCACAAGAGGCAAACACUCUCGAAGACCGACGAUGAGGACAAUAAGGACAGCCUCAAAGGUGACGAUGAUCAAUCCGAUAGCAACUCCAAUUCGAAGAAGUCGUGUCAAGGCUGCGAGCUGCCCUCCGAUGAUAUUCCCGACUCCACGUCCAAUUCGCGAGGACACAACAACAAUACGCCUAGCGCCACAAACAAUAAUCCGAGUGCUGGAAGUCUUACUCCCAAUUCAUCGCUGGAAACUGGCAUUUCGUCCAAUCUGCUGGGCAGCAGCACUGUCUCCGCCUCGAAUGUCAUCAGCGCCGACUCCAGUGUAGCGUCCAGCGUUAGCCUAGACGAGGACAUCGAGGAAAGUCCCAUCAAGGUUAAGAAAAAAGACGACAGUCACAGUCAAGUUAUUAAGAAGGAGGCCGUAUCCACCUCGUCUAAGGCCUCACCUUUUGGCUAUGAUGCGGGUCCUAGUUUGGCCAGUUUUCGCCGUGAUCCAGACACCGCCGCUGCCGCUUCCAACUCUCCGGCAACCAAGACUGCCGGCAAGAAACGGUAUCAAAGCGCCAAUGCUAAUGCCAUUUCAAUUGCAGUUGCCUCCCCAUUGGGCGAGAACAAUGGCGCAGCAGCUCCGGCUGCUUAUUUCCCGGGCGCUGGCUACUAUUCUAGCCCCAAUCCGAAUCCAAAUGCGAAAAAUUUACAGGCGGCGCAGCAGAUGCCUCAGGACUAUUACGGUAAAUACGAUAUUGAAUUUUCCGCCUCGCCGCACCACAACCCGCAUAAGCAACAACAGCAGCAACAGCAACCGCUUCACGGCGAAUAUCUAAGUCCCAAGCCGAACAGCAAUGCGGCCAACGUCAGUUUCCAUCAGAAUAGUCAACAACAGCAACACCAACACGAACAAUUCUACUAUAACUACAACGACACCAAUGGCGGCAGCGCGUACAUGAACCAUCAACAACAGCAACAGCAGCACCACCCCAUUGGUGAUUUUGAGGCACCACCUAUCAAUGGACCAAACAACUUCUAUGAUCCUAAGUCGCAAGCGAGUAGCGCUUACUAUGACAACAUGAAUUUCCAACACCAACACCAAACGGUAGUUUUUCAGCAACAACAACAACAGCAGCAGCAGCAACAUCCACAGCAUGCGCCUUUAAAUCAACAACAGCCUAUGCACCACAUUGGAGGUGGUGAAACGUAUAGCGCACUUGGCCUGCAAAUGGAAAACUGCGAUGGAUACAAUAACUUCGCCGGUAGCUACUAUGACCCAACUGCGGGCCAGCAACAACCACCCAUUCCGCCCACACACAGCCACCCAGUGCCACAUCCACACGCAAAUCCACAUCAUCCGCAUCACCAGAUGCAGGCACAGACUCACCCACAUAUACAUGCACACCAUAAUGCAGCGACUGCAGCGGCCGCUGUUCAGGUGGUCGGUGCACCGCCACUGCCCGCCAAUCAUCUGCACAAUGCUAACACAAAUUUCGGAGGACAACUGCAGGCGUUUGCCAAUACUGGCGGCUCCGGGGUUGGUGGCGCAGCCGUCAUCAGCGGGCUGGAGAACUCAAACAGCUCGUCGGACUUCAAUUUUCUGAGCAAUCUGGCCAAUGACUUUGCUCCGGAGUACUAUCAGUUAAGUUAGUUCUGAUAAUCCGAAUUGUAAAUAUAACUGCAAUCGAUGUAGUCGAAUUUUUACUAUGUAAUCUCCAAGCUCUCAGCUAUCAGCUCUCACUUUGUCGUA